AUUAUUGUAUCCCCCACUUUUAAAAAUUCUCUCUGUGGUCUUUGUGGGAAUUAUGAUGAUAAUUAUGAAAAUGAAUUAACUUUGCAAAAUGGUAAUAUAGUAUCUAAUCCUGUUACUUUUGCUAACAGUUGGAGAAAAGAAGACAAAGCUUGCCAGAAUGUUAUUAGGGAAAUUAAUUUUUGUCGUCAUAAUACAGAAGAAGAUAAUAAAAUUUCAGAAACUGCAGCUGAGAAGUGUCUUGCUUUAACUGACAAGGAAUAUGAAUAUUGUCAUAAAUUAGUUGAUCCACAUCUAUAUUUAGAAGCAUGCAAAACAGACUGUUGUGAUCAAAGUGGUAAAGAUGGUUGUGAAUGUAGCAGUUUAAGUGAAUAUUUUCGUGAAUGUGCACGUUUACAUGGAAACAAAAAUACUGCGUGGAGAAAACCUAAUUUAUGUAAUGUACAAUGUGAAAAUGGCACCAUAUUUCAAGAUUGUGGUAGUGCAUGUCCUGCAACUUGUGAAAAUUUAGAACCAGUAUGUUUAAUGAAAAUGUGUGUUGAUGGCUGUCAUUGUCCUGAAGGAAUGGUUCUUCAUGAAAAUCAUUGUAUUUUAAGGAGUGAAUGUCCUUGUGAACAUAAUAAUCAUUGGUAUCCAAAUGGUGAGCAGCUUCAAGUGGAUUGUAAUGUCUGUCUCUGUGAAAGUGGAAAGUGGAAAUGCACUAAAGAAAUCUGUCCUGCAGUUUGUUCAUCAGUUGGAGAUUCUCAUUUUAUAACCUUUGAUGGAAAACAGUAUGAUUAUAUAGGUCAGUGUUCAUAUUAUUUAGUGUAUCGUGAUGAUGGAUACACAAUUGAACAAGAAAACACAGCUUGCAUUGGCGAUUUAACUAAUCAUAAUGCAAAGGAAUCUAUUUUGUCUUGUAAAAAAAGCAUUACAUUGAGAACACCACAAGGGACCGUAGUUAAAAUGAAACAAGGAAUGGAGGUUAUAAUUAAUGGAAAAGAAAUAAAUGUAUUGCCACAUUCAGCACCAGGUGUUUUAAUUCAGCAGCUGACAUCCUUAUAUCAAAAGGCUGAAUUGUCAAAUGGUUUAAGUGUUUUGUGGGAUGGUUGGAACAGAAUUUAUGUGAUUGCAUCUCCAAGUUUAUUUGGCUAUACAUUUGGACUUUGUGGUACAUUUACUCAUAAUCAAGCAGAUGACUUUCUCACAACAGCAGGAGAUGUAGAAACCUCUGUUAAUUUUUUUGCUGAGAAAUGGAUGAUAACAAAUGGAUGUACAGAACUUUCUAAUCAUAAUGUUUUAAUUCCUUCACCUUGUGAUUUACAUCCUGAAUUAAAACUAUCUGCUGAAACUAUAUGCUCCAAAAUAAAAACAGAAGUAUUUAAAGCUUGUCAUGCUAAAGUUGAUCCAUCUCCUUAUUAUGAAGCCUGUAUGUAUGAUGUCUGUGCCUGCAAAUUAGAAUUAUCAUCAUGCUUUUGUUCUUCAUUAGCUGAUUAUGCUUAUGUUUGUGCAAUACACAAUGCAACAAUUGACUGGCGUCCUCAUAUUCCUUCUUGUGUUACAUGUGAUAUGUUGCAUUAA